AUGGAAGAUACAACAUGGGAGCAGAGGCUUCAAGCCUUAACCCACAUCCUUACAAGCCCCACAACCACCCCAACACUCCACUCUCAAUUCUUCAUUGCCACCCAAAUCCCAUGCUAUCUCAAUUGGGACUACCCACCAAUCCUCUGCCCUAAUCCAUCCCUUCUCAAAAGAUGGGGCUUUUCAUUCUUCCUCAAAAGGGUCUUCGGAAUGGGCCUUCCUCAAACCUCUUGGAGAUCCAAAUGCCCAUUCCAUCAACCCCCACCGUUGAUCCUUGCCGAUGGAGUUGAAGAAGCUCAGUGGGGACCCCAACAAAGGAGAGCUUAUGUUAGGAAGAGGAUGGCUAGGAAACACCGUGCCAAAAAUGUUAACCCCCUGUUACCCAUUGCAAUUCCCAAUCUUUUGUUGUUGUCACUUUUGAUUUGGAAUCCAUUUCGCUCUCAAGAUUGA